UGGCUGUGGUGGCUCCUGAAUCCUGCCCAGGACGGCUCUCCUCUCUUCAGAGCACCCCUCCUUUCUUGCUCCCCAUCCCAGCUCAGGAGGACUCAGUGAUGGCCUGGGAGCAAACAUACCUUCUCUCCCCAGUGUUGCUGCUGCUCCUGGCCAAAGGCUCCUGGACACAGGACCUGGAGUUACUUCGAGCACUGGAGGGCCAGACUGUUUCUGUGACAUGCUGGUAUGAUACGCUCUACCACUCCAGUGAGAAGAUCUGGUGUAAGCAAAUAGACGACUUGUGUUACCCCUUGUUCAGCAAAGGUGCUGAGAAGCUAAGAUACUCCAUCCGGCAGUCUUCUCGGCUCAACUACUUCACUCUCACCAUGACUAAGCUCAGGAUGAGUGACUCGGGCAUCUAUCACUGUGGGAUCGCUACAAAAAACAGGUUAAUUUAUCUCAGAACUAUCCACCUGGUGGUGUCAAAAGGGGCUCUGUAUCCAGUGUUAUUAUUCCCGUGGCCUGUGGACUCCUCAGCAAGACACUGGUAUUCACUGUCUUAUUCAUUGUCACACAGAAGUCAUUUGGACAACAUGAAGGCACACAACAGUAACUCCUGACCUUCAGCCAAGUCUAUGUCACAGGAGGAGCUGAGAUGGGGGCUAAACAGGAACUAUAUGACAUGAAUUGAGACUGUAAUCAUGGGUGACAUCUAAGGCACAAGUUGUCCUCAGCUGGUCCUGCCCACUUUGUG